ACAUGGAGGAAAUGGAUUAUGAUAAUUCUGAUACUGAUGGAGAAUUUGCUUUUGAAACUGAUCAUUUAGCAUUACGAGGAAAUAAAGAUUAUUCUGAUUUACUCAAGUAUAUAGUUCAAUUAGAGGCUCAGAAAAUUAAGGCUUUAAAAGACAUUGAGGACUUAGCUGAUGCACAAAGUAAGGCACUAGAUGAUCCACUUUCAUUUGUUCAAGAUUUGAAGUCAGGAAAAAUUAAUUUUCCUCCCCGCCAAAUUGUACCUGAUAUUCCUGAGAUAGAAUGGAGCAAGUAUGGCAUUGAUGCAUUAACAGAUUUUGAUAAAGACACAAGGCCGAUUGUAGAUGAAUCAGAUUCUGGUACAAAAGUAAGAGGCCGAACAUUCACAGAUAGUAAACCUGAAACAUUCAAUCAGUUAUGGUCAUGUGAAGAGCAGAAACGUUUAGAGGAACUGCUAGAAAUAUAUCCUGAAGAGCCAAUUGAAGCGAGAAGAUAUAAGAAAAUAGCAGAUGCUCUUGGCACUCGUACACCUAUACAAGUUAUGAGCAGAUUACAAAAAUACUUUGCAAAGUUAGCAAAAGCUGGAUUACCCAUACCUGGACGAGCCCCUAAACGGAUAUCUAAAGAUAGAAAUCGUUCAAUUUUUUAUAAAAAAUCAACCUUCUUUCCCCAACUCCACGUUCCUGUCAAAAUGGAUGAUCCAUAUGAUAGCAGCGAGCCCCAAGAAACACACACAAAAUCAGGAAAUAAAUCAAUUAUUGAGUUAUUGAGAGCAGCUAAAGAGCAAAGAUUGUUGGAUGAGACUGCUCCUGUUUACCAAACAAAAACAAUGUGUGUGGGGUGUCAAAAGACAGGUUUUCUUGGAGCAAGGUGGACAGACAAUGCCGGUACAGAUUAUUGUACAGACUGUGUCGUUAAAGUUCUACCAGCCGAAAAACUUAUACCUGUCAGACAACUAACUUAAUAUUACUUUCUCAUGUGUAAACUUGUAUAUAGUUGUUAAGACAAUUUCCAACUAACAGUAUUUUGUAGUCUGCAUUAAUUUGUUCUGGCCACCCACUUUUAAAAGUAUUAAAUUCCUCGUUUAUUAA